UAUUUUUGCGGGAUAUUUAACUUUUUCAGCUUCAAAAUAUUAACAGUUAUAAGCCGCAAGUUAGUUUAUAUAAAAAAUGUUCAUAUAAAUUAAAUGAUUCUUAGAUGUUUCUAAAUUCCGUGUGUAGUGUUCACAUGUAUUCUGCAGUCUUUAAUGGCUUAGAAAUGAGUUGACUCUAAUCUCAUGUUUAGAGUAAUCAUAAAUUCGAAACAUGUAAACAUUUACCGAUGAGAACUUUCUGUGCUGAUAUUUUUUACUAAGCAUCGAUAAAUGAAGAAUGGAUGGCGAUUAUGACUAUGAAUUGGACUAUUAUUCCGAUGCUGAGUAUGAUGGAAUAUAUGAAGAUUAUGGAGGUAUUUAUCCGAGUAUUAUGGAUUAUACCAUCCAGGAUCUUUGGCAUGAUUGUCUGUUGCCCACUCUUUCUGAUGGAUUUAAUUCAUCAUCCAAGCUGUUAGUUUGUUGCAUGCUGUUGAAGUUAACUCUUUCACUUAAUUUUUUGCCAGAAUAUGCCUUUCACUUAACAUCAUCAUUAACGGGUCUUUACUGCUUGUACCAUUUCUUUGAAAAUGAGAUUCUCUACAUUAUUCUUUUUGCUGUGGUUGGUUAUGGCAUUUUACUGUUAACAAAUAUUAUUUUGAAGCAGUAUCAAGGAAUUGUGUGUGUUUUUGCAAAUUAUGCAUUUUUAAUUAUAUGUGAACUGUUUUUUGCCGAGAAAACUCUAUGGCAUCGUAUACGAGGUUCUCAAAUGCUGCUGUCUAUGAAAUUAAUAUCUUUAGCUUUUGAUACUGGAAGUAUUGCUAAAACUAUGCCUGAAACUUUUGCUUGCUUUGGUUAUUUAUUCCAUCCUGGAACUGUGAUAUUUGGUCCUUGGAUCAGUUAUACUACAUACAUGAAUAGCAAACAGAACACAAAAAUUAGUUUUUCAUGGUUUUAUUCCAUUGUGAAAAAUCUUGCAUUGAGCUUCAGUUUUUUGACUGUUUCCACUUGCUGGACAUCUUGGUUACUAUAUUCUUCUGGCUGGAAAUGGGUAGAUGCAUAUCGGGAUGCAUUAUCUUUUCGAUCCAGUCAUUAUUUUGUCAGUUAUAUGUCUGCAGCUACAGCCAUUACAUCUGGUUUGCGAAUAUCUGCUGUUGUAUCUGCAUUUGAUAUUGAGGUUCCACGUUCUCUGGUGGAGGUAGUAAUCUGGUGGAAUGUUCCCAUGCACUUCUGGCUCAAAACAUAUGUCUUUAAAACUGCAAGGCCAUUAGGUGAUUUUAUUGCCAUAUUGCUUACCUAUGCUGCCAGCUCGUUUCUUCAUGGAUUGAACUUUCAGCUUUCUGCAGUUCUUCUGUCUCUGGGUUUUUAUACAUAUAUAGAACAUGUAUUGAGGAAGAAGCUAUCAAAUAUUUUCAAUGCUUGCAUUUUGGCAAGGAGGUGCAGAUCUGAGUGUGAUCAUUUAUUUAAAUAUGACCACCCUUAUGUUGUAAUUACUAAUAUUGCCUUUGGACUGCUUUCUGUUUUCCACCUUGCUUAUUUAGGAGUCAUGUUUGAUAGCUCUUCAUCUCUUGAAGAGGAGGGCUACAACAUGCAUCACACACUGCAGAAGUGGUCCGAUCUGAGUUUCAGCAGUCACUGGGUAGCUUUAUUCUGUUAUAUAUUUUAUUACCUAGUUUAAUUUAACUUUUAUAACACUGAACUGGAUGUUGGUGAUCAACUUGCUGUAAUUCUGAUCAAAUUAAGUCUUCUGCAGGAACAAGAACAAUCAAAUGCCUAUACAACCUGAAGAUAAUUUGGAACAAAAAAUGUAAAAUAUAGGUUAUAGUUCUAAGAUUUUAUGUAGUUAAUUAGUAGUAACACUCAUUUGUUAAUUUUAGUAGCCAAAAACAGUCAUUCAUUUUUAGAUUUAAAUAAGUGAAGCUUCAAUUGAAAAAUUUGAAUCUUUAGGUUAGAAUUCAAAGUUAGUGAAAUUGAGCUUUAAGACCAAUAUGUUAUUUCUCUUACACCCUUUUCAAAGUAUAUUUCACCAUCAUGAUCUGUUCUUAGGAAAUAUAUUAAGGUAUAUUUUGUUGUUACAUGAAGAGGAUGAAUUUUUAUGUGAAAUAUUUACUUUUAAUAAAUUUUAAUGCUUUUUUAA